AUGGAGAGCUUCGCACCUGUUUCGCCAGGCGUGCCGCAAGCUCCCAACCACGACUCCAUGGUCACCGUCUCUCUAUCCGACAUUCAUUCCAACUCAGAGCAUACACAACCCGACUGGCGAAGUCUCGAUAUCCCUCCGACGCCCGUCGAGUCACAUGGACCAGAUACUCUGCAGGACCAACCCGAGUCCUUUGGUCCCCGGGUGCUUCUCGAUGCCGCCAAGACCACUCCCCCUCUCACGGACGAACUUCUCUCGCCAACCUUGCCAGUCUCGAAUGGGGGGAAAUCUAACCUAGUAGAUGAGGAAAUGAAGAGCGAAGGGGAUUGGACCAAUCUCGACCGCACCGAAGAACAAGAGCCGCGCGGAGAGGGAACGGACGAUUCCACUGCCCUUUUGCUCGCGCGUCUCGAACAAGAAAACAAUGCACUGGCGACGAAUCCCAAAUCGGCCUUGUCCAAUGCGCCCCGCAGCCAGCACCAUCAGCGACAGUCACGCUCCGAGUCGCUGUUCCAGAUACAAAAACUAAUCAAUGAACCCACGCGAUCUGAGUUGCGUUACUCGCAGCUUCAACCACCGCCGAUGACGGAACUGGAAUUCUGGGCCGCCCUUGUGGCAGACUAUCCCCAGACCGCACAGCGACUGCCAACGUUGACAUCGAACAAAAUUCAACAGGGUGUGCCUCCACCGCUACGAGGGGUCGUCUGGCCGAGCUUGGCGGGCGCGCGCGAUCCAGCGUUGGUGGAAGACUUUCAGCGAUUGAGUGGUGAAAGUAGUCCCUACGAUGGUCUCAUCGGCAAGGAUAUCGGUCGCAGUUUUCCAAACGUGGAGAUGUUCCGCGAUCCCAAUGGAGAGGGGCAGCAAAUGCUGGCACGAGUCUUACGAUGCUUCUCCUUGUAUGAUUCGCAAAUUGGUUACUGUCAGGGAUUAGGGUUUGUGGUUGGCCCCCUCUUGAUGCACAUGUCGGACGUGGAAGCUUUCUGUGUGCUGGUUCGACUCAUGGACCAUUAUAACCUUCGGACGUGCUACCUUCCAGACUUGUCGGGUCUUCACCUCCAUGUGUACCAGUUUCAGAAUCUCCUGGCCCGGCAUCGUCCGGCACUCUUCCAGCACCUCGAGGCGUUGGGAGUCGAACCCGUCUACGUCUCGCAAUGGUUCUUGUCCUUCUUCGCUGUGGCGUGUCCCUUACCCAUGCUCCUUCGCAUUUACGAUGUUAUCUUCCUCGAAGGUGCUUGUGAGACUCUGAUGCGGGUCGCACUAUCUUUGAUGCAGCGCAACGAGAAGCGAAUCAUGGCUUGCACAGAAUUCGAAGAUGUCAUGCAAUUGCUGCUGUCGCGCAGUCUGUGGGACACAUAUGCGUUCAACGCGGACGAUCUUGUCAACGACUUUGUAUCUCUGACGUCCCUCGUCACGCACGAGAGCCUCCAGGCUCUUGAGGUUAGCUACAAUCACUCUCAAGGUGUUCCGACCGGAAUUUCCUUCCCUCAGAUGCAAGCCGCGGCGUCGCGGUUCCUUGGUCGUCUUUGGGCAGGCUCCAAUUCCCACAAUUCGGUGAAAACCUUGAACCCAAACCUUGGGUGCUCCCGCCCCGCGAGCGUCAUUCGCCGCUCGACCUCGAAGCAGAGCCUGACCUCGACCCUCAACUCGGUGGAGUCGACAUCUGACGCGAGCACCGCCCCGACCGAGCUGUCUACCAAUUUAAACAGUGAUCAAAAGUCACGGAAAUCUAACAUGUCCUCGCACCACAAGGACCGUGAUCUGCACACUCAGAUUGAAGAUUUGUUGAUGGCGUUGGGGGAUCUGCAGCGUCAACACGCGGACCUGACCCGUGACUUGCAGCAAGAGCGGGAGGAGCGCGAGGAAGAUCACACGUUGGCACGGGAGAUGCUUCAAUUCAUUCAAGAACAACCAGAGGAGGUGCGACCACAGGAAUUGGUCUCCAAGGCUCAGGAUCGCUUCACCACUGGAUCCAGCGAGCAUCAACGCUCGUCUCUGUAUCAGACAAAACAUCAGCUUCAUGACGACAUGGUUCGAUGGAAGCAGAUGCACGAGGUUGAGGCAAGCCGUUGCCUUGAUUUGACCCGGCGCAUGGAUGACUUUGAGAAGGAGAACAAUUCCCUCAAGGAGCAGUUGCGAGAGGCACGCAGUCGGAUCCAAGAUGGGUACCGCGAUCGCCAAAGACUGGAGCGACUGAACAAGGAACUGAGGGUGCUCAAGAUGCCUGAAGCAGCGACUCCGCCAGAUACUGCCUUCGCCUCUCCCGAAAACGAGACGCCCUCUCCACCGGGAGGUCUUCGUGAGCUGCGGCUGGUCCGAACUAACUCUCACAAAUCGCCACCCAGUACACAGAAACCGCCCACAUUCAACAAGCGCUCGAGCAGCUUGGGCCUUCAGAAUGUGCUAGCUACCGAGAAUCAGAAGCCCGCGGCCGAAGACUCCCUGCUGCUGGAACUAGUCAACUCCAAGACUGCCGAGGCCAUUGCCAAGCAGGAGCUGGAGGAAGUGAAAGGCAAGCUGGAGGCGUUACGAAAAAUGAUCAGCAAGCCUGGCGUCCAACAGGCGCCGAAAUUGGAGAAGCGACAUUCUUUCCUCAGUCAAUCGCCCACUCAAUCCGACCACUCACGUUCACCCGGCUCUUCUGGAAAUGCUAGCGGUGGUGGUGGAGGAGGAUUCUUUAGUGGUUGGGCUCGGCGAGCUCCUGCUACGAACAACGAGUCUCCAUGA